GGGCAGUGAUGUUACCCUGCACUGUACUAUCUCCAAGCUCCCUGAUACCGUCAGUCUUCACUGGACAGAGAAAAAACCUUCUCAACAGGCUGGAAGGAACAACACAGACCAGAUUCAGCUGAAUAACACAGUCUAUCUGAUAGUCCAUGAUGUCCAAAUGCAGGAUAAGGAACGAUAUGCUUGUGAAAUACAAGAUCAAAGAAGAACAGUUCUCACUGUUGAUGUUGAAUUGUACACCAGUAUGUCUACCUAUGGUAAGGAGUCUACAAUUUACGGGCCAAUUUUUGAUGGUAAUUCGCUGUCUCUGAACUGUGAUUGUCUGCCCAGCUGCAAUCAAUCCGCGUGGUAUUUGAAACAAUACAAUGAAGCAGCACAGGAAAGGAAGAUAUCUUCUGCUAACACGAAAGAAAGGAAUCCAAUUAUCUCAUCGUCUUGGAAUCGAGUCAGGCUGCCACAUUUCAAUGGGAUGAGUUUCCCCCUGCAGAUUACUCCUGUAAAGUUUGAAGAUGCGGGAAAUUACACGUGCACCAUGGACACAGCCAAAGUGACGACAGUUGAACUGAUAACCACCAAAGUGACAGUAUUUCCCUCUCACCCUCUGGCUGAAGGAGACGAUGUAAUCCUUACCUGCUCAGUUUCUCGGAUUAGAGAAACAACAAGGCUCAUUUGGAUGGAAAAUGAAGGGAAAAACAUUGCUCUAGAACAGACAUUUAACUCCACGAGAGAAGGAAACAACAAUCUAUCACUGUUCAUUCCGAAGAUUGGGCAUCGCAACAGAGGGUGGACAUGCCUUGUGUUUAACCGGCAAAUGCCGAGAAGUUUUACCACAAUCCAGCUUGAAGUUACUGCAUCAGUUAAGAGGACUUAUUUGAGCCACAUAGUCAUACCCAUGGUCCUUGUGCUUCUUCUUUGCCUUGUUGGAGCAACAAUUAUCUACCACAGCAGGAUCCAUAAACCAGUCAAUGAAGAUCAAAGGAACCCAGAAAGCAGUCAGACAAACCCAAACACUGAACGGUGCAGUGAAGAAAUUCAUUAUGCUGCUGUCAGAUUCAAAAAGAGACCAGUCAAUGAAAAUCAAAAGGAACCAGGAGAUAGUCAGACAGUCCUGAACUCAGAACUGUACAUUGAAGAAGAAAUUCAUUAUGCUGCGGUCAGUUUUCAAAGGAGACCAGGUAAUAACCAAAGUGAACAGUCCAACCAGCAACCUUCAGAUGCAGGUCAAUGGGCUUCAGGUGGAGAGGAAACGUCAGUAAUAUAUGGCACAGUAAUUCAGUAGAACAUCCUAGUUUGGAAAAGUAAACCUGCAGAUGCUGGGAAUGUGACAUAAAAAACAGAAAAUGAUGGAAAUACUCAGCAGGCCAGGCAGCAUUGGUGGAGAAAUUUCCCAGUUUCGAUAUGGAUGAUAUGGAGAAAAAGGUUGGAAGAAACAAGCACAGUUUUUUCUGUAGAAUGGAUGGUUAUAGAACUGGGUUUAUACCUAUUGAUUCUGGUUUACAUUUGAAUAAGUAAGCCUCGUCUCAUGGAAUAUCUAAGCCUAGCAAGAAUAUAUAAAUUCAGAAUCAAGGUGACUCACUCAGUUAUUAAGGAUCAAUAAAUUAAUGAACAAUUCAUCUGUACCAUGGAUGGCAAAGGAAUAUAAGAACAGAAGCAGCCUGUUCUUCAAACCUGUUCCUCUAUUCAAAUAGAUAAAAGGCUGAUCUGAAAUUAAUGU